AUGGGCACGUCCUGGUAUCUUGGCGGAGAUGUUCUGUUCAUUGUGACGCCUGGUCAUUCGAAAUAUCGAGUCGUCAGUAUUCCACAACUCAUUAGACUCCGCUUGAAACCCCCAUUUAGAUAUCGCGUUGAGAAUGGUUACGCUCACGAUGCUACAGUGAUAUAUGGUGAUACGGAUUCCGUGUUUGUGAAGUUCGGCUGUGACACGGUGGAAGAGGCCAUGAAACUGGGACAGGAGGCUGCAGCCUUCGUCUCGACUACCUUCAUCGAUCCUAUCAAGCUUGAGUUUGAGAAGGUCUACUUCCCGUACUUGCUGAUGAACAAGAAACGCUACGCUGGGCUGUAUUGGACUAACCCCGUGAAGGCAGACAAGCUUGACGCUAAAGGUAUCGAAACUGUGAGAAGAGAUAACUGUGAGUUGGUGAAAGUGGUGGUAGAGAACACACUGAACAUCAUCUUGAAAGAAAGCUCUUUGGAUCGUGCUAUUGCAUUCAUUCGGAAAACCUUGUCGGAACUCCUACAGAAUAAGGUCGAUAUGUCAAUGCUUGUCAUUUCGAAGUCCUUGGCAAAGGGCAUGGAAGACGGGGCCUACGCAGCGAAGCAAGCCCAUGUGGAGCUGGCCAAACGAAUGGCUCAGCGAGAUCCUGGCAACGCUCCUGCUAUUGGGGACCGAAUUCAAUAUGUCAUCAUAAGAGCACCCAAGGGAGUAGCACAGUACGAGAAGGCAGAAGACCCUCUAUAC